UAUGAGCUAUAUAUGAUCAGAUUCAAUUCAAACUCUAUGCCCUGCCCAGUGCCCAGUGCCCAGUGCCCAGUAGAUAGGAAGGCAGGAAGCAAGGAAACAAUAUCAAAGUCCCAGACAGAAGACACACACACUCAUUUAGAUUUGAAGCUCCCAUCCCCAGUAAUACAGUAUGUCCCAAUAAUAUUUGCAUUCCCCCUGCGCUUGGCUGACUCGACUUCCACAAGACAAACCAAUUCAUGUAUAAUCAACUCUCAGUGAAGGACUAUGAUUGCCUUCCAGCUGCUAAUUCUCACAUCACAUCAAGCUCCCUCCACAACCACAGUCGCACCGGAACGAAAUGCCUAUGAAUCCGUUGAUUAGAUGAUAGACACAUGAAUGAAUUAUUAUUGGAAUGGAGCUACAUAGAGUAAAAAGUAGUACCAAAUAUGUUUGUUUUCUUUGGGCUUAGCCUGCCGUUUCUCCACCAAAAGAAAAAAAGAAACUAGUACCAAGUUCAUAGCGUCCCAAACAAAUUCAUGAAACAAGAAGCGUUUUAUUCAUAUAUUAUAUAAUGGAGGUGUCAAAAACCUAAACUAAACGGUGGAGAAUUCCUUCUUGUUGUUAUCAUCAUCAUCCCCACACCACACAGGAAGGAAGACUGAAGAAAAGUGGUGAAGUGAAGCCUCAAGAAUUCCUUGUCUGGUUCGCAGAAAGAGGGAUGAACCCUCUUCCUUAAGUUACGAGUUCGCAACAAGCAAACGGCGUCGUAAGCCGCCAUCAACAAGCAAAACUAAAGAGAACGUGUUAAAAAGAGUUACAGCAAGCAACACACAUUUUAAUAUUGUAAUUAAUUAUUUUGACGAGAUUCCGAGACUUAAGUUACCAGUUACCACAAACUUUACCAGAAAAUUGCGUGCGUUGCUGUCUGCGUCUCUCUCUCUCUCCCUCUCUCUCAUAAUUCGCUUGUAAUUUGGAUACUUACUACUUUAUUAUAUUCCUAUGUUUGAGUUAGGGAUCGUAGACUCAUGAACUCUCAUCGGAAGCCUUGAACGGCAGGAUCCGAUAAGGCUUCGAUUGUCGUGGAUCCGAGCUCGACCCGAUCCAUUUGGUUCCGAUCCGCGUGAGAAUUAAUUGAUUGAGCAGCACCGGCCAGCCUCUGACUCUCUGAGCAUGUUUCUGUUCGACUGGUUCUACGGUGUGCUGGCCUCCCUGGGUCUCUGGCAGAAAGAGGCCAAGAUCUUGUUCCUUGGCCUCGAUAAUGCCGGCAAGACCACCUUGCUUCACAUGUUGAAAGACGAGAGACUGGUACAGCAUCAGCCUACGCAGUAUCCAACAUCAGAGGAGUUGAGCAUUGGGAAAAUCAAGUUCAAGGCCUUUGAUUUGGGAGGUCAUCAGAUUGCUCGCAGGGUCUGGAGAGAUUACUAUGCAAAGGUAGAUGCUGUGGUGUACCUUGUGGAUGCCUAUGACAAGGAGCGGUUUGCUGAAUCAAAAAAGGAACUUGAUGCACUCCUUUCUGAUGAAGCUCUUGCCAAUGUCCCAUUUCUAAUUCUAGGGAACAAGAUUGACAUACCAUAUGCUGCCUCAGAGGAUGAGUUGCGACACCACCUUGGGCUGACCAACUUCACCACUGGCAAGGGCAAGGUAAACCUAACAGACUCAAAUGUCCGUCCAUUAGAAGUAUUUAUGUGCAGCAUUGUACGAAAAAUGGGGUAUGGUGAUGGUUUCAAAUGGCUCUCUCAAUACAUCAAGUAGGAAUAUGGUCGACAACAUGUACUACAGCCCCUUGAACUACUACAACCUGUGGCACCUUACCUCAAUUUUAUUCAGUCUUGUUUUAUUUAGGCUCUUAAAUUGGAUCUUUUAUUGUCUUCGGAUUUGUGUGGAAGGAAAUAUCAAUGCCACUGCUUUGUAAAAAAAUUAUUUGUGGCCUCAAUCCUUCUCUUGCAUAUUUCUAUUGUUUUGGAGCAAGGAAGUAGUAGUGCUUGUCAUUACUUUGUCUGGAAUGACUUGUUUCAUCUUCUAAUUGUAGGAAGUGUUUAAGAGAUAA